GGUUGAUAAGCCUUUAUUUAUUUAUUUAUUUAUUAUUAAUAAAAAUGCAUCCUUCAAUUACAAUACGUGCUACUCAUAAACCUUUGAUUCGUUUCAUAGGUUCUCGAGCUAAUCUUUGGAAAGAUGCUCCUCAUCACUCUGGACCUCAUCCUUUAACACCACCUAAUUUAGUUAAACAUGUUGCUCAACCAAGUCAAAUUAAAGCUAAACAAGCAGCUAAUUCUAGUGCUAUUGAAUUUGGUCAAUUAGCUGCGAAAUAUCGACGUGUACCAAUCUCAGAAGCUGAAAUGGAAGCUAUUGAAAGUGGAGGUGCUACAUAUGUUAUUUAA